AUGACACAGCAGAUCGACCUAGGGCAGAGCCUGUUCCAAAAUACCGAGUCGCCGUUACAGCUCCAAUUCAGCGCAAUGGCAAACUUCACUCAGUCUUCAACACAGAUGGAUUCAAGGCCAUCCAUAAGUAUCCGUCACUGGAAAGACCUCCAGUCCCUCUGGGUAACAGAGGCCCCAGAACUCCUGCUACGCCUCUUGGUUACUGUUUGCCCCACAUUGGACAUCGCUCGGUCUACGUUUAUUGCAAGUUUGGAGGCGGACUUUUGCAAGUCAGGGGUUUGGCGCGAGCUCGGAUUUGACAUUAUCCUCAAGAGCCAUCAUACACCCGACAUCCGAGAAACGCCUGGAACCGAUUCCCUUACGUUUGGACUUUGUCGAAAAGCCACAACACCCGUCUCUGCCAAAAACAAAAAUGUGCCUCCCAUCCUGCGAAGCCCCCCAGAAGCUCAUCCCCCGUCCGAUGUCCUGACAUCCUGCCUGGCAUCAAUUGACAUACAUCUGGAAUAUGCAAACCAGGAUACCACACAACAGGUGGAAGUGCAGUUUACGGAGGAACUGAGGUACACACCUGGCACUAAAUAUGAACUACAGCCAGAGCUUUGCUUCGCAAGUUGCAACUACCCGACCGCGGCAAUUUCUGUAACGGCGUUCGCCGUCCCUACCAUUGAAGAAUUAUUGCUCCCAUUUGACCAACCUUCCGAAAUCAAUGCGGACAAUGGUCUUUUCCCCGAGAAGAGCAUACGUCAAAUGAAGCCUGCUGGCCACCUUUCGCUACAAUUUUUGAACCUGUUUGAUUUUGGUCUCCAAAAAAUGAUUAUCUCCGCUGCUACCAGAAACCCUCAAAUCAAGGUAAUCGGCAAAGAUAAUCUUCAAAGUCUAGCCAAACUCGCUCCGGCAAUAUUCAACCCUGAUUACCGUGAAGCAAUGAAACAAAGGGCUGCAUCGAUCUCCACGAUCGCAAAUUCAGUUACAUCAAUGCUUGAAAACAGCGAGAAUCCUGUCCUCCAAAGCAGAGUGUCUGCCCUACUCCGGGGGCCCACCCUCCUCGAUCAACACCCAUCAAGUGAAAAUCCACAAACGCAAAUUCUGAAGCCCACAAUUGAAGCAUCGCUGUGGAACAUCGCCCAACACAGACUUUCCAAAAUAUCUUCAAAGAGACGCACCACAUUCUUUAAUACGGUGUCCCUGCCAGGGCAAGCUUUACAUAUGAAACGCGACGAUUCUAUACUGCUAUCCACCUCAGAACAGGAGUUUGAUACCGAUGGAGAAAUCCUGGAGCUGGAUGGUCAUCCUGAUCUUCCUCUCAAUACACUUCAUGCGCGAGAGGUGCAUGAGCCCGUGUCCGAUAGCAGCAGCAUGUUGAGCUUCCAAGAGUUUUACGAUUCAAAUCUGAUGACCCAGACCCAAGCAACUCAAGAAGGUAUGAAAGGAAACGCCGACGGCUUUUGUUCUCUUCGGUCUGACUGGGAUGAUAUGAAUAUUAUACUUUCCGAUAGUAUAUAUAUGGACGAGUGUUUGGAUGAAGCCGAGCCUUUGGCAGACAUAUAA